GUGCAGAGGCCGGGAGCGAGACGCGACCACCGGAAAGAGAUACCGGCAGCUCCCGAUGAUGGCCACUUGCUACUGCGCCCUCCAAAGGGCGCUGGUCAACGCACCGCGAUGCACCGUCGCCGCCGCGGCUGGAGUCUGCAGCGAGGCCUUCGCCCCAGCGCCACUGCAGCACAAUGCCCAGCACAGGACGGGCUCCCAGCGGCGCGGACCAAUGGUGGAGGCGCCGCUGCAAUGCCAGAUCCGAGACAUCGUCGCUUCCGACACGCUCACGCUCCGGCAGACUGUGCUUCGACCCGACCUGGUGCGCGUCGAUUACCGCGGGGACGACUUGCCGACCACCGCACACUUCGGAGCCUACGUCGACGGCCGACUGGUCGGCGUCGUGUCGGCCUUCAACGAGUCGCUCGUCUUUCCACCGCGGAUGCCCGUCAAGCCGCAAAAGCAGAACUGCGCGCCGCCACCCGCCGACGUCUCCAGUGAAGUCCCGGCCGACGGCCUGUCGAUUACCGCAGCCUAUUUGGACGUCGAGCCCGCCGGAAAAUUAGGCGACCAGAAACCGGAAAGCGAAUCGAACGAGCUGAUAUGCGACCAAAUUUCGAAGUUGUCCGUGAAUGCGCCGUCCGAGCGGCAAGAAGGGACGACGCGGGUGACGGCUGUACCCGUGACGGGAGACCCGACGGCUGCGUCUGAUAUGGAGGCUGCGCAGGACAUGAACGGAGCCUGCCGCCAGGGAGACCUGCCGAGCGCCGGGCCGACCGGCUCGAAUACCGGAGCAGAGACGUCUGCGAAGGUGUCGGUGGAGUACGUGGAGCGCCCCGCGCGCCCUCCGCUUCCGAGCGUAGAGAAGGCCAUCCAGCUGGCGUCAGAAGCCAGCUCUUGGCGCAUCCGGGGUCUCGCCGUCGACCUCCCACUCAGGGGCCGCGGAGUCGGCUCUCGGCUCAUCUCGACAUGCAUCCAGCACGCCAUCGACAAGCGGGCUUCCUGCGUGUGGUGCGUGGCCCGCUGCUCGGCCGAGCCCGUCUACGAGAAGAUGGGCUUCCAGAGGGCCGGACAGGACUUUCGCCUAGAAGGCAUCGGACAAGUGUGCUACAUGAUUCGGGCCUUGCUCUAGCUCUGUCCAGAACUUGAUGUUGGGGAAGUGGCGGACGUAUGUGUGCAGAACUCUAACGUACCUAGGUUACAAAGACGCCCCCUGCAGCAAUGGACCAUUACAGAUAGGGCCUGAUACUGUUGGCACGUGUCCGAGUCUCUCGUCUGCCGGAGGCUAUCUCAGUGCUUUCCGCCGCCAUGCAUGGCCACGUGCGUCGACGAACCACGAUGCGGUGACGAUGGCCGGGUGCUGCAGUUGCGGCUCUCAAGCGCUGUUAUCCCCUAAAAGUGAGCACAGAAAAAGACGUUAACUGCCGACCGCACCUUUCGCGGUGGGAAGGAUGGUUUUGUAUACGGGGAUGGGGGCUCCGGGCUGUGUGUGUGUGGCGGUUAACUGAAGCCACGGCUUGACUGUAACCGCUUUAAAGGUGCCUUGCAGGACAUGUCUACAUUGGUUACUUGGGGCGGCAUAAUGGUUACAUGUUUUACUGUUUUCGUCAGUUGCGUUAUGCGACCGCGAAUAGCGCCGAUCGCAUCGCCCCUGUGUGCUGCCAACACCACCAUUUGUAGGUGACGUUGGUGCUGCUCCAAUAAGUGCUUUGGCCGUGUCAUUCGUAAACAGCUGGCUUUCGUUUUCACGAUAUAGUGACGCCAACGGAGCAGAAGGGUUGUUGGGUUGUCCUGCACAGCAGACUCAUCGCCUGCCCUGUGUGUGUGUGUGUAUGUUCAGUUACGGUCGUUGCCUGUGUAAUCCUUGUACUGUUAUGACGCCAUGGAUCGCUUGCUUCCAGUGUGCUUACCUUCUGUCUAACUCCCUCGUAGUAGGUGACAAUCCGAGUGUCAUAUCUUUGUUUAAUUCGCAUAACCUUUAACAGAGCUGUUCUCUUUCCUUUUUACUCAAGGCAGAAUGCGUGUUGAUCAGCUAGACGAUAGCUCGACGGAGACGUCAGCACUGUGGAGCCUGUCCCGAAGCUAACACUGUAUUCAGGUCACCGCUGUUGCUGUUGUCAAUUGGGCACGAUCCUUUAACUUUCCUACACUUGAUAAAAAAAAAUACUUCGCUAAUCUUCAUUCCCAAGUGCCGUACUAUAUCGCGUGCGUUGAUAACAGAAUCGAGAGAAAUUUUACCAGCACUAUUUCAUCAACUCUUUUCUUUUCCACUCUUUAACAUAAUGUAUACAAUCAAUACGCUUUUAGUCACGUGUAGUUAUGAGGGCGCUAUAAGGCCUUUCUCGCUUUUGGAUGCUUAUUACUUUUAUGGUUGGAGUAGGCAAUUAGUGUUUUAAACCGUCCCCCUACUGUCAUUUCGUAACUAUCUGCAAUGUUCAAAUCUUCGGAGAACAUAAGGGAUAUUCGUGCAGUCACCGGUGGCCAGCUCGCGAUCUAACGUCGCCUUACUAAGCGUAUAGACUUCAGCGAGAUCAUUA